AAAAGCCAAUACAUUCUUCAGACAACUUCUUCUUCCCAUUUCCUUUCUCUCAAACGACUUUCUUCUCCUCUAUCUCAUCGCACCGCCGCUCAUAUCUGUAGUUCUUUCUUCUCUGAACGCGAUUUAUCUUAUAACUUCUUGUGAUUCGUCCUCUCCUCUCUUCUCUGUGGCCGUGAAAGAGCGAUGUGUUUGGGGUGGUGGUGGCGGAGCCACCGUGACCUUGCGAUUUCCUUGACUUCUUCUACGAUCCUACCAUUUCUUCGAUUAUCUAUGUUUGAUUUAUUUUAAUCGCUUGUUUGUUUUGUGAUUAAUCGAUUAGUAUGUGUUGAUUUCAGAAUCUGAAGGAAAACAUGAAAGGGGAAAACGAAACCCUAAUCUUGAAAACACGAUUCAAUGGCAGAAAUUGAUGAUGAAGAAGAAAAAAACAAAUGAGAGAAGAGAAGGAAGAACUCGCGAUUUGCAAUUUUUACCACUUGCCAGAGUUAACUGCACCGCCGGAAUCUCUGGGGGUCACAUAAACCCAGCAGUGACAUUCGGUUUGUUCUUGGCGAGGAAAUUGUCUCUAACAAGAGCAGUGUUCUACAUCGUUAUGUAGGUUCUUAGUGCUAUCUGCGGCGCUGGUGUGGUUAAGGGUUUUGAGGGGGAAAAAUUCUUCAGAGAAAAAAACGGUGAUGCUAACUUUGUUGCUCCUGGGUACACAAAAGGAUAUGGACUUGGUGCUGAGAUUAUCGGUACCUUUGUUCUUGUCUACACCGUCUUCUCCGCCACUGAUGCCAAACGUAGUGCCAGAGACUCUCAUGUUCCUGUAUGUGCAUGUGCUUUUACUUCUUUAAAUUAAUUACAUGUGUUAAUUUUAGUCUAAUGUUUCUUAAUGGUGUGUUAAUUAAAGGAAUUAACAGAUUUUGGCACCUUUACCAAUUGAUGGAAGACAGAGUAUUUGUUUGAACAUUAGGGUGUAUCUGUUGUUUGAACAUUAAGUUUGUGCAUUUUAUCCUAUUUCACCUGUAAAGCUUUCACAGGCCUGACAAAACAAGUUGAUUAAUAUAUUUUGACGAUUUAUUAUUUGACUUUAGGUCCUAAUAUGUAAAAUAUAUUUUUGAUGAUUUAUUAUUGUUGAGUUGUCUCUAUAUAUAUCACAUAUAUAACUAUAUGUAUUACAUGUAAUAAUUACUAUGUGUCUGAAUUAAAGAGAAGAUGGUUGGGGAAGGAAGAAAACCAAAGGCAGUGAUUGUGGGAGGGAGUAUAGGAGGAAUAUCAAUCGCACAUGCCCUGAUCUUAACUGGUUGGGAUGUUCUUGUCCUUGAAAAAACCACCUUACCUCCAUCUGGAAGUCCCACUGGUGCAGGUCUUGGACUCAACCCUGUCUCUCAACAAAUCAUUCAAUCUUGGAUUUCACAACCUCAACAAUUCUUACAUAAUACCACUUUUCCACUAACUAUUGAUCAGAACCAAGUAACUGAUAGUGAGAAGAAGGUGAAUUGGACAUUAACAAGAGAUGAAAAUUUCAACUUUAGAGCAUCACAUUGGGCUGAUCUUCAUGGUGUUCUUUAUAAUGCACUUCCACCACAAGUAUUUUUAUGGGGUCAUCUUCUUCUCUCUUUCCAUGUUGCAAAUGAAAAAGGGACUUCUGUUAUAAUAAAGGCUAAAGUUCUUCAAACCGGAGAGAUCGUUGAGAUUGUUGGAGAAUUGCUUGUUGCAGCAGAUGGUUGUCUCUCUUUAAUCCGCCAAAAAUAUCUCCCCGAUUUUGAACUAAGAUAUUCAGGCUAUUGUGCUUGGAGAGGUGUUCUUGAUUUUUCCGAAAUUGAGAAUUUAGAAACCAUCACAGGUAUCAGAAAGGCAUACCCUGAAUUAGGAAAAUGCUUGUACUUUGAUUUGGCCUCAGGUACACACAGUGUGUUGUAUGAACUUCUGAACAAAAAGCUCAAUUGGAUUUGGUAUGUGAAUCAGCCUGAGCCCGAAGUAAGGGUAUGACACCCGUACGACACUGUCGAAAAAGUUAGAAAAGUGUCCGAAAAAUACUGUCAGAUUAGCUAGUGUUGAAUGCAAUUGUUUGCACACUGACCCGAAAAUAAGACAUCAAAUUUUGUCCGUUAAUUUGAGCAACAUUAAUUGCAUUUAGUGUUUAUCUUUUCCUUUAGGUCCUAAUUGAAGAUUUUAAUUGUGCCCUCCAAGAAAACAUUCUUAUUCAAGUAAUAGAAUGGUGAUAACUUGUUAUUAAAUGGAAACAUCAUAAUAGGUUUAAGUACUUUUUUGAAUCAUUCACCAUGCGUUAAUAUAAACCGCAAACAAGUUAAUAUUGAAUAAAGUACUUUUUAUGACAUAUAUCAUCUAAGUGCUGCACUUAAAGUCUUAAACCAUGCUUCAAUGUCAUACUCUUAAUUCUAAUUUCUUGUUGGCCUGCAUUAGUGUAUUUCUUUAUUUGUGAUUACUUGUUUGACUUUCUAUUUUUCUUUUCCAUUAAACUGUUGCAAUUUAUUAACCUUUUUCAGUGGCCACACCCCUAAUGUCUGUUAAAUCAUGCAAUCAGAUUGCUUUGAUAUAUGCUAGUAAAAAUAAGGAUGGCUGAUGAGGAUAUAUUUAUAUAAAUUGAAUGAAUAUUUCAUGCUUUCAUUCAUAACAUUGCAGUUUCAUUGUGCUUAUAGGAGGGGAUAGAAUGAAUUUUAUUCUUGCAGAUUUAGAUUUGGCAUCACUAGUCAGUAUCCCAUGGAUUAGAUAGUAUUUUUAAAACAAAUAUGUUACUUGACCAUCACCUUGGGAUGCUUAACUUUGACAGCAAUUUAAUUGGCUGAUGUCAUUCUUACAUAUGGUUAAUGAAGUAUUAAGUUUGGUUAAUAGAUACAUCAGAUGUUGCAAUUCAUUAUCAUCUACUGAAUUUCAUUAAUCAUGAAUUUGAUGAAAUUAAGAAAGAGAAAGACAUAUUUGCUAGAUGAAAAUAUUUGAUUGUUUGUGUAUUUGAAAGACAUAAGGGAGGAGAUGCAAAGAUGAAGAGAAUAUGGCUCUAAGCUGAAGGAGGAAUAUGUGAUGGUGAAGCAUCUACCUAAAAUUAAGAAAGAUGAAGACUCCCGAAAGUGUUGUUUGUCCGACUGUUUUAAUUGUUGUAAUGACAAUUGGCAGAAGGGUUUUUAAGAAGACCUCCAAAUUGAAUCAACAUAUGUACAUGCUCCUAUGCUCCAAAUUGUUUUCUGAAAUUGUAUGGUUAUCAUGGAUGAACAAGUGCAGGGCUACCAUGAUCUAUUGUGAAAUAAUUAUGAAUUCAGACUGUGUUUGAAAAUCUGAAUGUAUAUGCCUGUUUCAUUGUUUUCUGCUAAUAAUGGACUUAGAAUGAGUCGAAUACUCUAAAUGAAUUGAAUCAUGUAUGUGCAGCAGCUAUGAAUGAAUGGAAUUGGAAUUGGCACUAAAAAAAACUUACAUUUGGCCUUAAUGUUAAUUUUCUUGU